CAGGCGCGCGUCACCCUCACCGUCGCGCUCCGCGUCGAGGGCGAGGCGCUGAAGCGGCUCGAGUCGACCUUUUGGGCGGUCUCGACCCCUGGCGACCCGGAGUACGGCAAGCACCUCUCCAACGACCAGGUGACCGCACUGCUCAACGUGAGCCACGAGCGCGUCUCCGCCGCAGCGUAUUUCUUUUUUCGGCAGAGUAUUUCUUUUUCUCUAGGUGAGCCACGAGCGCGUCUCCGCCGCGUCGCAUCACUUCGCCGCCGCCGGCGCCGAGGUGACCGUCGCGCCAAACCGCGACAUGCUCACCGUCGUGAUGACGGCGGCGGAGGCGGAGGCGCUGCUCUCCGCUCGCCUCCACUGGUACCGCCACUCCCGCGUCAAGGCUGCGCCGCGGCUGCUGCGCGCUGCCGCAGGGUACUCGCUCGACGCAUCGGUGGCUCAGCACGUUUCGCUCGUCGGCGAGCUGGUCCAGUUCCCGCACAUCGCCGAGAAGGCGACCACCGACGCGGCCGAACCCGCCUCCUUCUUCUCCGCCGCCGCCGGCGAGGAAUGGCCAAAGGGGUGCGCGGCGGCGCAGUGCGACAACUUUGUCACGCCCGCAGUGCUGGCGAUGCGGUACAAGAUCCCCGCCGCCGCCGCGAGCGGCAGCACGGCUAGCUCGAUGGCGGUGGCCGAGUACCAGGGGCAGUACUACAAGACGUCCGACCUGGCCACGUUUGGCGAGAGCUGCAAGGUUGACGUCUCGAUCAAGGAGACCAUCGGAGGGGACCUGCCCGUCGCGGGCGUCGAGGCGGAGCUCGACAUCGAGUACAUCAAGGCGGUGGCCCCGGCGGUGCCGCUGACCGUCGUGUACAACUCGCAGUACUCGCUCCUCGCCUGGGCGAGGCAGAUCUCGUCGCUCGAGAACCCGCCCCUGGUCCAUUCGGUCUCGUACGGCAACGACGAGAAGCAGCAGGUGUCGGCCGAGUACAUGCAGACGGCGAACACCGCCUUCAUGAAGGCGGGCGCGCGCGGCCUCUCCAUCCUCUUCGCGUCUGGCGACCAGGGCGUCUGCGGGCGCGAGGGCUGCGGGUUCUUCAAGAAGCGGUUCAAGCCUGACUUUCCCGCCGCGUCGCCGUACAUCACGGCGGUCGGCGGCACAGAUUUCGUCACCAAGUCCGUCGUCGGCGACGAGAAGGCGUGGGUGGCGGGCGGCGGAGGCUUCUCCGACGACUUUGCCAUCCCCGCCUACCAGGCCGAGGCGGUCGCGGCGUACUUGAGCCAGCCGGACCUCCCUCCCAAGGACAUGUGGAACUCGACCGGCCGCGCGUACCCGGACGUGUCGGCGCUCGCCGGCCAGGUGAACCCGUACUGCGUCGUCUCGAGCGGCCGCUUCGCCGGCGUCGCGGGCACCUCAGCGGCGUGCCCGGUGGUGGCUGGCAUCUUUGCGUUGCUCAACAGCCGGCGCGUCGACAACGGCAAGCCGGCCCUCGGCUUCCUCAACCCGUUCAUCUACCAGAACCCGCAAGGCUUCCAGGACGUCACGCAGGGCAAGAACACGGGCGGCAUGCAGGAGUACGGCUUCAGCGCCGUCAAGGGCUGGGACGCGGCCACCGGCUUCGGCACGCCCGACUUUGACGCCCUCGCCGAGGCCGUGGACCAGCUCUGAGGCGGUCCCCGCCGCACUCCCCCGCCGCCGCUGCAAGAGCCGCCGCGGGCGCCGCGUCGCCGACGCCCGCGGGUGGAGUGGGUGGGUGAAUGGGGUGCGCUGAGGGGGAGGCGCCUGUCGCCGCCUCCGGAGCCUAUUCCGCCGCCGCGGCCGCCGCUAGGGCCGAGCGGCAAGAGCGGAGCGGCAGGGAGUUCGUGGAUUGACGCGUGUGGGACGGAGCGCGGCGACGAUUCGACAGACGACACCGGAUCCCAAAGAGGGCCGUGAAGUCGAGUGUGGGAGGAGGAACGUGACUGUUGCUGUGGGAAGAGGAACCUCGGACGUCGUGUCUGAGUCACGGUGUGGCUGAGAGCGUGUACUGUGUAGUAGGAGGAGAGACUCGGAUUCACGUGAGCUUGCA